GACACCGUCACUCUAUGACGCGUCGAGGCUCACGGCACCAGGCUUCCCGGCCACGCCCACUACCAGCGCUGUCCCAUGCCGAGCAACAACGUCGUGCAGCUGCUGCCGCCGCAUUGCAGCGCCGCAAGACAGUUCUUACUGCUGUUACGCGUAUCUUGGCUGUAUACUCGAUGGCACUGUGUCUUGCAGCUCCAGAUCCAAUCCCAAUCAGAACCUCCUCUCUGAAUGGGCAGGGGUGGCUGGAUGAGAUUUUCCACGGGCAUGUUGAGAGGUUUCUCUCUCAGAUGGGACUUGCAAAAGAGGCCUUUCGCCGUCUCUCUUAUGAGCUCCAGAUCACGUAUGGACUGCACGCUACAAAACACGUCACGGCAGAUGAGAAACUAGCCACGUUUCUCUACUUCGCUCGAACUGGCUCCAGCAGCCGUUUAUUACAGGAACGAUUCCAGCGGAGCGCAGAGACCAUCCACAAUUCCAUUUAUACCGUUUUGAAUAUCCUUGUUGGCCCAUUCUAUAUGAAAUACGUCCAUCUUCCUCCCAACGAAACUCCUCCAGAGAUCAAGGCCGAUCCCAAACUCUAUCCAUAUUUUCGGCAGGCUCGGGGCGCAAUCGACGGGUCGCACUUCCAUGCAUGGGUGAGAGACUCGGUGUCAGGCCAAUACAGGAACAGGAAAGGUUUCAUUGGGCAGAAUGUGCUCGCAGCUUGCAAUUUUGCAAUGCUUUUUGUGUACAUCCUCAGCGGCUGGGAGGGUAGCGCUGCAGAUUCCGCCAUCUAUGCAUAUGCUCGCGACCACGAUUUUGCUGUGCCUGCGGGCAUGUACUUCCUUGCAGACGCCGGGUUUCCUCUUUGCGAUGUGUUGAUGACACCGUAUCACUAUCACGCUGUCCGAUAUCAUCUCAGGGAAUGGGGAACUGCCGGGCAGAGGCCCCAAAACCGAGAAGAAUUAUUCAAUUUACGGCACGCGCAGGCCCGAAAUGUUGUCGAACGAAUCUUUGGCAUCUUGAAGCGGAGAUGGAUGGUUUUUCAGCGUGCACCCGAGUACCCAAUCGAGAUGCAGGCCAAACUUGUCCCUGCCAUUGCUGCGCUGCACAAUUUCAUCCGUAUCCACGAGCCCUUGGACGACUUCUCCGCUCCGCAGCAACCCGCCGCAUCAUCAGUGCCGCUUUCUCGUUCCACCAGCAGCAUCGACUCUUUCAUGCAGGACGAGCCUCGAGACAUAUUGCCAGAGGAGUUGGGGAUGGAGAUAUCUGCUGCAGAAUGCAGGAGGGCGGAGUUGCGACGUGAUACCAUCGCACAGAAGAUGUGGGAGGACUAUCAGAGAAUUUUGAGAGAGCGGGGACAACAGUAAAGACUUCAGAAAGUUAUAUAAGUAAUUUACUUCGAAUCCUGAUAAUCCCGCAGCGCCUUGCGCAAGAAAGC